UCUCCCCUGCCCGCCCGCCCCUGUCCCGGGAACCCGAGGCCACCCCGGCCGCGUCCUCAGCGGCCCAGCCCCCCGCGCCCGGCGACAAGCGCGGACCCGGACCCCUGGGCCCUCGCCAUGGAGGGGGUCGGCGCCAUCGCCUCCCUGAGCACCGCGCGGGGGUCCUCCCGCACGAAGUUCCUCCCCGGACCCCCCCGCGCCACCCCAUCGCUCCCCUGCCCCCGCCGGCCCCUUUCUCGUUCUCGGAAAAAGCGGCUGGGAGAGGCGGGGCCUGGGAUCCGGGGUCACCUCGGGGCGGCCCAGGGGGUCUGUCCUUUGCCUCGGGACGCAGGUCCGCGAGCCAACUUUGCGGCUGAUGAGGCCGGACAGGCGGCAGAAAGGCGCGGCGACCCGGGCCGGGGAGGGCGGUGGGCCCGGGGGCCAGCCUGUGGCUCCUGCAUGCAUCGGUCCCCGGGAGGCUGCAGAAAGGGGGUGGCCGGAGGGGCUUGAAACCCACCCCCACAGGAGUUGGAGCAGCUUAGACCGCUGGGCUGCGGAAAGGGCAGCAGAGACAUCGUUAGUCCCGGUUAACGGGGACCAGGGGUGUACCAGGCAUCAACUAACCAGGGCUGGUGACUGAGCCAGGAGUGCGAGCCCAGGCCCGCUUUCCAAGUGGAAUUCGGUUCCCCUGGUCCUUCCUGGCUGGCCGGAGGAGCGCGGCCCCCGAGUGAGGCCAGACUGGCUUUGGAGUCCCGACGCCCAGCGCUUCCAGCUGCCCUGGGUCACUGUGCACUUCAGGCCCCGUGGAAAUGGGAGGAGCCGGAGGGGAUCACUGGGCCAGGCUCCAGUCUGAGCUGCACGACCCCCCCCCCCAACCCCCGACUUGGCCUCUCUGUGCCUCAGUCGCCCUCCCUGCAAAGUGGUGAGGGGCCUUGGCCAGAAGCAGUGGCUCACUCCUGUAAUCUUGGUUCUGGGAGGCCGGGGCUGAGGGAUCACCUGAGGCCAGGAGUUCAAGGCCAGCUUGGGUAACAGAGCAAGACCCCACCUCUACAAAAAUAGAAAUUAAAAAAAUUAAUAAAUGGGGGAGAGGGGUGGGAGCCCUGCCUUGCCCGUAGCAGUGUUAAGUGGCAGCUUGUGCAACUGUUGAAUGCCUACUGUGUGCAGCUGAGCCUACCCCACAAGCCACCCACCCAGUCCCUGUUUGUGACGUACUCUCACCCUCUUCUUCCUCUACUGAGUUGUGAGGUGGGGAAACUGAGGCCUGAGGGGUGGCCUCAAGGCCAAAGAAAUGACCUGUGUCUUCUCAAGGGCCUCCUGGGUCAGGCAUCAAGGGUUCACGGCAGCGCAGAGUGGAGGAGCAGGGCCAAGCCCUAUAAACACUGGAGUUAUUAAGCCAAUGUGCAUGUCGUUAAAUUUUAACUAAGGGGGGACAGGGCAGGAGGCCCUGGGUUGCCUUCCCUGGGGCGCAGUAGGCUUGGAUGUGGGGGGCUGGGAAGGACAGAGUUGGAGGCCUGUGGCCCAGGAAAGAUGGGGGAGAGCAGCUGCAGCAGGGUCCCCACCCCCUCUGCCAUGGGGACAGUGGCUGGCCAAGCCAGGCAGUGUGGGUGGCAGCUGCCCACUUUGCCGACUAAGCCAGAGGGGACAGUAGCCACCUCCUGGCUGGAUACCAAGCACGUCCGCCUUCCUGGGUGGCGUGGCCUCCGGGCAAGGCAGAAACCUCGGCUUUCUGGCCAGGAGUGUUUGGGGCACUGCACGUCCAGGGGAGCAUCUCGGGGGCUCUUGCUGAACACAGACCAGGCCUUUCUGGGUUCAGAUGUCCUCCUGGGCUGGGCUGGCAUCCUGAGCAGGUGGCAGGAGGAGCAUUUGAUUGUUGUAGACUGUCACCCUGACACCAUCCCCUUUCCUGGCUCUGCAGGCUGAAGAAGGGCCCCGGGGUCUCUAAGCCUUUGCUGACUCUCUGGCGCCUCCCAACGACUCUUGAGCUCAGGCUCCUGUGUCCACUUCACAGGGGAGACAGGUGUGCGGAGCCCGCCCAGAGCCACCCUCGUUCAAGCCCAGCCCAGCUCUGCUCUAAGCCCUGCUCGGCCCCCACCCCACCCCCAACCCACCCCCAACCCCCCAGCUCCAGAUGUGGCAGGACGGCCAGGGCUGACGAGGGGCAGUCAGGAGAGCCUUGAGCCUAGAAGGGGAGAUACGCCGGGCUUCUCAGCCCCCAGAAGUCCGGGACCGCCUCUCCCCUGGUAGUGGGUACCAAUUACCUGGGUUGGCCCCCAGCUGUCAGGGGCUGAAUCUCCCCAGCCCCCAAGACCUGGAAAUGGGAAGGCUCUGGCUUCAAAGCCCCAGUGAGGCCCCAGGCCCCCUUUUAGGCCCCAGUUAAAAUUCUGUAGUGAGCUAGAAGAGGGGGACAUGGGGUCACAGGGAGGUGCUUGGUAACUGAUCAUCAAAACCUGCCUAGAGGCUGGGAAGGGAGUAAACUGAAGCAGGGGAGCUGGAGGAAAUGAGACCCAGGAGAUGGGACAAGAGCAGGCAGAGGUGACAUGGGUCAGCCCCAGAGAAAAUCAGGAUGGGCUGAGCGCAGUGGCUCAUGCCUAUAAUCCCAGCACUUUGGGAGGCCAAGGCGAGAAGAUCACUUGAGCCCAGGAGUUCAAGACCACUAUGGGCAACACAGACCACAUCUCUACAAAAAAGAAAAAAAUUAGCCGGGCCUGGUGGCACACACCUGUUCCAGCUACUUAAGAGGCUGAGGUGGGAGGAUCACUUCAGCCUGAGAGGCAGAGGCUCCGGUCAGGGCUGGCAAGUCCAAAUUGAAGCAAGAAGCACUGAGGCAAGACCACAGGAAGAACUUCCCGCCAUAAGGGUGGUUGGCCCCAGGACCAAGGGCCGUCGUGGCUCAGAGUGCCACACAGACCUGGGUUGAGGUCUGGGUUCUCCCACUUUCUGCCUGUGAGACCAAGGGGGUUCUCACUUUCCUCAGCUGAAAAAUGAGUGAUAAAGGCAGCUUCCUCCCAGAGGACACUGCAGCGCGGUGCAGGCACGCAUGAGGCUCACUCAUGUCACCUGUUAUUUCCAACUGCUCCCCAAGUCCUGGCAUCGCACCGCCAAAGUAUUCCUCCACUCCAUCUAUUUCUCACCGUGCCCUCUGCCACCAUGCAGGCCACCUUGGUUGCUCCCUGGGACAGCAGUCUCUGAGCCAUUCUCCUCCCCUCUGACCCCUUCUCCCUAGAUAGCAAUGAGGAUGAGCACCUUGAGACACACCAGGUGAGGGCUGGGCGCAGUGGCUCAGUGGCUUACGCCUGUAACCCCCGCACUUUGGGAGGCCGAGGCAGGAAUUGGAGUUGGAGACCAGCCUGGGCAAUGUAGUGAGACCCCCAACUCUACAAAAGAAAUUUUUUAAAAAUUAGCCAGGCAUGGUGGUUCGAACCUGUGGUCCCAGCUACUUGGGAGGCUGAAUCAGGAGGAUCCCUUGAGCCCAGGAGGUCGUGGCUGAAAUGAGUGAUGGUUGCACCACCAUACUCCAACCUGGGUGACAGAGUGAGACCCUGUCUGAAAAAGAAAAAAAAAAAAGACAUAGCAGGUGACAUUGCUUAUCUGCUUAAAUUAAUGUCCUCUGGAUGGAUAGAAAGGACGGUCCCCCCAGGGGAUACAGUCCCGGCCGCAUGGCAUCAAUGUGGUGAAACUGAGGCUCAGAGAGGUUUAGGCCCUUGCCUAAGGUCACACAGCUGGGCUGAAAACCCAGGUCUUUGAACCUCACAUCCAGUCCUGUUCAGGCACUUUCCUGGCUCCCUUGCAGUGAGGCAUAGCUUGCUUUGGCCAACGAGUGUGACCAAAGUGAUGUGUCACUCCAGGUAGAAGCUUUAUGGGUCAGUGCAUGAGCCAUGGAUCCCUCACCCUUCUUCCAUCACCUGCUCUCUCUGCUUUCUCCAAAGCACAGGCUGCCAUGGGCUCUGUCGGGAGCCAGCGCCUUGAGGAGCCCAGCGUGGCAGGCACACCAGACCCGGGCGUAGUGAUGAGCUUCACCUUCGACAGUCACCAGCUGGAGGAGGCGGCGGAGGCGGCUCAGGGCCAGGGCCUUAGGGCCAGGGGCGUCUCAGCUUUCACGGAUACCACAUUGGACGAGCCGGUGCCCGAUGACCGUUAUCACGCCAUCUACUUUGCGAUGCUGCUGGCUGGCGUGGGCUUCCUGCUGCCAUACAACAGCUUCAUCACGGACGUGGACUACCUGCAUCACAAGUACCCAGGGACCUCCAUCGUGUUUGACAUGAGCCUCACCUACAUCUUGGUGGCGCUGGCAGCCGUGCUCCUGAACAACGUCCUGGUGGAGAGACUGACCCUGCACACCAGGAUCACCGCAGGCUACCUCUUAGCCUUGGGCCCUCUCCUUUUUAUCAGCAUCUGCGACGUGUGGCUGCAGCUCUUCUCUCGGGACCAGGCCUACGCCAUCAACCUGGCCGCUGUGGGCACCGUGGCCUUCGGCUGCACAGUGCAGCAAUCCAGCUUCUACGGGUACACGGGGAUGCUGCCCAAGCGGUACACACAGGGGGUGAUGACCGGGGAGAAGCAGGAGGGUGCAGCGACACGGCAGGCACUGGGCACGGCGGGCGUGAUGAUCUCUCUGAGCCGCAUUCUCACGAAGCUGCUGCUGCCCGACGAGCGCGCCAGCACGCUCAUCUUCUUCCUGGUGUCGGUGGCGCUGGAGCUGCUGUGUUUCCUGCUGCACCUGUUUGUGCGGCGCAGCCGCUUCGUACUCUUCUAUACCACACGGCCGCGUGACAGCCACCGGGGCAGGCCAGGCCUGGGCAGGGGCUAUGGCUACCGCGUGCACCACGACGUUGUCGCCGGGGACGUCCACUUCGAGCACCCAGCCCCGGCCCUGGCCCCCAACGAGUCCCCAAAGGACAGCCCAGCCCACGAGGUGACCGGCAGCGGCGGGGCCUACAUGCGCUUUGACGUGCCGCGGCCAAGGGUCCAGCACAGCUGGCCCACCUUCAGAGCCCUGUUACUGCACCGCUACGUGGUGGCGCGGGUGAUCUGGGCCGACAUGCUCUCCAUCGCCGUGACCUACUUCAUCACGCUGUGCCUGUUCCCCGGCCUCGAGUCUGAGAUCCGCCACUGCAUCCUGGGCGAGUGGCUGCCCAUCCUCAUCAUGGCUGUGUUCAACCUGUCAGACUUCGUGGGCAAGAUCCUGGCAGCCCUGCCUGUGGACUGGCGGGGCACCCACCUGCUGGCCUGCUCCUGCCUGCGUGUGGUCUUCAUCCCCCUCUUCAUCCUGUGCGUCUACCCCAGCGGCAUGCCCGCCCUCCGUCACCCCGCCUGGCCCUGCAUCUUCUCACUGCUCAUGGGCAUCAGCAACGGCUACUUCGGCAGCGUGCCCAUGAUCCUGGCGGCAGGCAAAGUGAGCCCCAAGCAGCGGGAGCUGGCAGGGAACACCAUGACCGUGUCCUACAUGUCAGGGCUGACGCUGGGGUCCGCCGUGGCCUACUGCACCUACAGCCUCACCCGCGACGCUCAUGGCAGCUGCCUGCACGCCUCCACCGCCAAUGGUUCCAUCCUCGCAGGCCUCUGAGCCAGCCCCGCCCACUGCCAGUGACGCCGAGGGCCUGACCAGGGGCCCCGAGGCCUGAGGGCCCCUCCCCUGUCCCCACCUCAGUGCCUGCGGGGCCCUGAGCCUCCCCCUGUGCCAGCAGCCCCACUCCCUCAGGGUCCAGCCAUACCCCACCCUGGACUGAAGUUCUGCAAAGUCCUUCGAGGACCGGAACACGUUUCUGCGACCCGGGGCUCUGGCCAGCACUGUGUUCUGCGUUUGGUCUCAUACCGGCGUCUACCUUCCAUCUGUGUCCAGCGGCCCCGGCUCCAGCCCAGCCAGCACUCUGCAGGGUCACACGCACCGUGUCCCCACCCAGGACAGCAGACACCCGCCAGAGUGUGCGCGCCCAGUGACUGCACCCCGGCCCUCAUCACCCACCGGCACUGAUCGGGGCACCGCCUGGCCCAGCCUCCACCAGGGACCCCUCCUCAUGAACUCUGGAGCCCUGAGAGGAGAGGGGCAGCCCCCUACCUUGUCACCCUCAGGGCUUCCCCUUCUGUCCUCAUUCUUAGAGACUGCCUCUCCCAAACAUAACGCGUUAGCCAUGAAGGAGUCGGAGCCCUGGGUCCGAAUGGACCCGCCUGCGGUCUGCGUCAGCCUCUGGGAAACCACAGCGGUGAUGCCAGCUGGGCACGUCAGGACCUCCCCACACACCCACACGAUGCCACAGGUCAGGGGGCUGUGCCUGACUAGGGAGCCCUCCCAUUGCCUUCCUGGCCCAGGAUAGAAGAGGGGAGGUAAGUCUGGGGGCUACGAAGCCGGGCCCCCACACCCUGGCUGAAGUCAGCUUGACCUAGGUCUUGACCCUCAUCCAGCAAGGGACUCGACAGACCCAAGGGUCCCUAGAACGUAGGAAGGGGCUGGGGGUCACUCCAGCUCGGGCCUCCCAGAACACCAGGCCCGUGUGGGUGGCACCCUGAGGUCAGGGGAUCCUAAGGGUGUCCUUCCAGAGACGGUGUUUCCAGGGGGAGGACCGCCCCCCCUUCCAGAUCCCCGGCCCCGGCUGUGACUGCCCUGUUUCACCCCUGCUGUGUCCCAUCACCCGUCUGUCCACUAACUGUACCGCACUGGCCAUUAAAAGAUGAAGGCAGACCGCUGCACCGCCGCCUGCAAGCAGAGUUUGUGCAUGGACGGGAGCUGGGACUGCCAUCUCGGGAUACCGGUGGAACUCGGGCUGCCCCGAAUAAGCCGGUCCUCAGUCUUCCCAUCUGUGAGGUGGGCCGGGUGGAUCAGGGAGCAGGAGGGUGUCCUCACACUGGGUAGGCUUGGUUUGUGGGCAGGGCUGGGUGGUGGGGUGAGAGCUGGGAGCACUUGGGGUUUGUCGCUCACCUUGACCGCCCGCCCCCCCCCCCCACCCCUUUGUGAGGAUCAAGGAGGAUGGCCACAUGCAGCCCAUUUGAAGGGGAAACGAAGUGGGCGGGGCUUGGCCCCUGCCCCUCGGGGACUGCAGUGCAUCCUAGGAGUCAGAGCCUCCUGGCCUCGAGCCUCAUCCCUUUUGCUGAUUUGUGCAAUUUGGACAAAAUCCUGCACUGUUCUGUGCCUCAUUUCUUUCUUUUUUUGUUUUUUUUUUUUUGAGACUGAGUCUUGCUCUUGUCACCCAGGCUGGAGUGCAGUGGCACGAUCUUGGCUCACUGCAACCUCUGCCUCCCAGGUUCAAGUGAUUCUCCUGCCUCAGCCUCUCAAGUAGCUGGGAUUACAGGUAUGCACCACCACACCUGGCUAAUUUUUCUUGUAGAGACUGGGUUUCACCAUGUUGGCCAUGCUGGUCUCGAACUCCUGAUCUCAAGUGAUCCAUCUGUCUCAUCCUCCCAAAGUGCUGGGAUUACAGGUGUGAGCCACUGCACCCAUCCUGUGCCUCAUUUUUGUUUUUUCUUUCUUUACGAGACAGGCUCUCGCUCUGUCACUGAGGCUGGAGUGCAGUGGUGCCAUCAUAGCUCACUGCAGCCUCCACCUCCUGGGCUCCAGUGAUCCUCCCACCUCAGCCUCCCAAAUAGCUGUGUAUACAGGCGCGUGUCACCACGUCUGGCCAGAUUCUUUUAUUUUGUGUAGAGAUGGGGUCUUGCUGUUGCCCAGACUGGUCUCAAAGUCUGGGCCUCAAGUGUUCCCCCUGCCUUGGCCUCCCAAAGUGCCAGGAUUACAGGUAUGAGUCACUGCGCCCGGCCUGUUCUGUCCUUAGCUUCCCCAAGGAAUGGGGCUGGUCCAGGUAUUGAUGUGGGUCCCGUAAAGGAGGGCACGAGGGCCACCGAUGCUCUGGCAGGCAUCCUCCCUGGGGCCCAGGUGGGCGGCCACUUGGGCCAAGACUGCGCCAGGUGACACCAGAGUGUUUCCCAGAGCCCACGCCGGGCCCUUCCCUUGCCCGAGGCCGGCUGGCUGCCCUCCAUGGGUUACCCUCUUUGCAAAGCCCCGAAUGUCCUCUGCAGGCCACCCACACUAACCAGGUCAGUCACUGGGCAGCCAGACCCCAUUGCAGAGAUGCCGUCCACCCCCAUCUAGGUGAGGGCUUGGGGCCACUCUUAGCAUUAGUAUCAUUUUCUUCUAGUAUCAUUUUGUGGUAGGCAUGGCUGGAAAUGUGCAGCUUUGCUUUUUUUUUUUUUUUUUUUUGGAGGAGUUUCGCUUCUGUUGCCCAGGCUGGAGUGCAGUGGCUCGAUUUCAGCUCACUGCAACCUCUGCCUGCCGGGUUCAAGCGAUUCUCCUGCCUCAGCCUCCCGAGUAGCUGGGAUUACAGGCAUGUGCCACCAUGCCCGGCUAAUUUUGUGCUUUUAGUAGAGACGAGGUUUCUCCAUGUUGGUCAGGCUGGUCUUGAACUCCCGACCUCAGGUGAUCCACCUGCCUCAGCCUCCCAAAGUGCUGGGAUUACAGGCAUGAGCCACCAUGCCUGGCACUGGUUUUUGGAGAUGGAAUCUCAUUAUGUCACCCCAGCUGGAGGGCAGUGGCACAAUCUCAGCUCACUGUAACCUUUGCCGUGGGUUCAAGCGAUUCUCCUGCCUCAGCCUCCCGAGUAGCUGGGAUUACAGGCAUGCUCCACCACACCCGGCUAAUUUUUUUGUAUUUUUAGUAGAGAUGGGGUUUCACCAUAUUGGCCAGGCUGGUCUUGAACUCCUGACCUCAAGUGAUCCGCCUGCCUUGGCCUCCCAAAGUGCUGGGAUUACAGGCAUGAGCCACCAUGCCCAGCCAACUUAACUUUUAAUUUUUUCUCAUGUAAAUUUGUUCAAUUUUUUUUUUUUUUUUUUUUUUUUGAGACAAUCUCUGUCACCCCCAGGCCAGAGUGCAGUGGUGCAAUCUCAACUCACUGCAACCUCCACCUGCCGGGUCCCUGUGAUUUUCCCACCUCAGCCUCCCGAGUAGCUGGGAUUACAGGUGUGGGCCACCACACCCGGCUAAUUUUUGUAUUUUUAGUAGAGACGGGGUUUCACCACAUUGCUCAGGCUGGUCUCAAAUUCCUGGCCUGAAGUGAUCCUCCCGCCUCGGCCUCCUAAAGUGCUGGGAUUACAGGCACGCUCCACCACACCUGGCUAAUUUUUUUGUAUUUUUAGUAGAGAUGGGGUUUCACCAUAUUGGCCAGGCUGGUCUCGAACUCCUGACCUCAAGUGAUCCGCCUGCCUUGGCCUCCCAAAGUGCUGGCAUUACAGGCGUGAGCCACUGUGCCCAGCCGAUGAGCUCAUUUAGAUGGCUGCAUGUGGUCACUGCCCCUGCACGCGUGGCACCCAACUUCUUCCAGUCGAAUCCUGCUUCUUGGUGCCCUGAUAUGGCAGAAUGCCCCCCAGACACCACCCCUACUCCAGCCCCUGAAAUAAACCACUCCAGACAAUUUUAUUUUUCCAAUUAAAUCUUUUCUUUUUUUUUAUGAAAAAAGAUCACACAGAAUUUGCCAACAAACAAAAUUCCAAAAGAAACAUAAAAAAAAAAAAAACCAAUAAUUCCCCCAAAAAACAAACCCAAAGUCUGGCUUUUCCUUCCCUCAAGAUUGUCUGGUUGAGGCCUUGGUUUCCCUUGAAGGCUUGGGGCCUGGUUAAGUGCUUUCUGGGGCCCAAGCAGGGACCCUGGGCUUGGGCCGGCUCCUGCCUCUCCCUCUUCUCUCCCUAA